CCUUGAUUCAGAAACUAAUCCCUGUAAGUAGCCAGGUCAGCGCUGCAAGACAAGAUGGCUGGCUGGAUGGGCUUUCACCUGGCUGUGACCUGCUUUGCUGUCAUAUCUAUGGGGAGAGGAAGUUUUGGAGAAGACACAGAAGUCAGCUGCUGUGCACAGCUGAAGGGCUUAUCGCAGUGUGGAACGGACAAGGUCUUUUUCCAAGGCCAGCCAGGCACCCCAGGAAUACCCGGCAUCCCAGGAACAAAUGGGUUGCCUGGUGUGAAGGGAGACCUCGGCCCCCAGGGGCCCCCAGGUGAGAGAGGCUCUGCUGGAGCACCUGGGAAAGCUGGACCCAAAGGAGAGAAAGGAGAUCAAGGAGAAGCAUGCAGUCUUGCUAGCUGUCAACAUCAAGAGGCAGGACCCAAAGAUUGCAAAGAGCUUCUGGAGCAUGGAGAAACACUGAGUGGUUGGUAUACAAUCUAUCCUGCCAUUGGGAAAGCAAUGAGCAUCUUCUGUGACAUGGAGACUGAUGGAGGAGGCUGGCUGAUUUUCCAGAGGCGACAGGAUGGAUCAGUAGAUUUCUAUCGUGACUGGCAGUCCUACAAAAAUGGGUUUGGAAACCAAGCAUCAGAAUUUUGGUUGGGCAAUGAUAAAAUCCAUCUUCUCACAAGUUCAGGAACACAGCAGCUGCGGAUUGAUGUGAAGGACAUGAAUGACACUAGAACUUAUGCAAAGUACACUAGUUUCAAAAUCUCAAGUGAGGAAGAAAAUUACACCCUGUCAGUGGGUUCUUAUGUAGAUGGAAACAUGGGUGAUUCAUUUUCAGGACACAGGGGCCUUGCAUUCUCCACACGAGACAGGGACAAUGAUGUCCGCGAAUCAGGAAGCUGUGCUGUGUUGUAUAAGGGAGGCUGGUGGUAUGGUAAAUGCCACUCUUCCAACCUGAAUGGCCUGUACCUCAGAGGGGAACACACCUCUUUUGCUGAUGGCAUCAACUGGGCCGCUGGAAAGGGAUACCGCUAUUCUUACCAAUAUGGGGACAUGAAAAUUCGACCUCAGUAAAUGAAAUAUCUCCCUCUUCAGACUAUUCUAUAGAUAUGGUCCUUAAAUUUACUGGUAGAUUUUGUUUUUAAGUGUGUGCCUAACAGAGCUAAUGUUGAAUCCUGCCACUUGAAAUAUUGGAUGCAAAGCCUUUAAUAUCCCCAUACAGUGAGAAUGUAGGUGAGCACUCUCUUUUUAACUUUUACAUGGAAUCUCUAUGUGAGACAAAGGGACAACCAUAGUUUGAUUGAAAAGGGGUUAUUUGAUGGUGAUGUUUGCUCAGUUGUACCUUGUGUUGGGUUUCAUUUUGCCCAGCUUGAGACACUGCCUGCACUGGAAGCUAUCUUCCAAUGAAUAUGAGUUGGCCACUUGCUUAGAAUACACACAAACACAUAUAUCCAAUACUGUAGAGAUCUUGGACACAAGAAUUAUAUAGAAUUGGGGCAACUGCUUUUUAAAAACAACAAAAUUUCAAUUUUUCAAAAACCCCAUUCCUUAAUUUAUGGCAGGAGAAGCAAAACUAUGACUGGGUCUAAAGCUUAAAUUAAGGAAACAUUGUGAAUGCAUACAUAGUUAAGUUUGAAUUGGUAAUUAAGUUUGAAUAUAUGUACAUUUGUACUUGAAGUCAUUUUGAUAUCAUUUUGUCAAUUUUGGAUUGGAGACGUGGGGAAAGAUGUGUUUUGCUGAAGGACUUCUCUCUUAACAAAGCUACCCUGAUCAUCAAGCGAGCUCAGGAUGGCCUGGCAGUUAACCAUUUCUGGGUCUUUCAACUUGUUUCAAUUUGUUUUUUUUUUUAAUUUCUUAAUAGUUUAAUAUUCUGUAGCCUUUCUUUUUUUUUUUAAUGUCAAGUGUUUAAAAUUGUUGAAUUGUGUUUAAUGUACAUUUCUUUGAAAUUUCUAGGUAAAGGACAAGAAAUGGAAUUUUAAAAAUUAAAUUAAUGAAUGCUGUCUGAA